AUGACAAAAAAAAAAGUUUUAUUUGUGCUUACAUCUCACGAUAAACUGCUCAAUGGACAUCCAACUGGAUGGUAUCUACCCGAGGCUGCUCAUCCAUAUUACGCACUCGAACCUUAUUUUAAAAUCGAUUGGGCUAGCCCUAAGGGUGGUAAAGCACCAUUGGAUCCUUCUUCACUUGAUAAAUUAAAAGAUGAUCAUAUCUGUGUUCAAUUUCUUGAUGAUGAGAAGGCAAAACAAGGAGGAUAUGAGAAUACAAAAAAACUAAGUGAAAUCAAUCCAAAUGAUUAUGUCGCUCUGUUUUAUGUGGGUGGUCAUGGACCUUGUUUUGAUUUACCAGAAGAUGAAGUCAGCAUUAAAUUGGCAGAAGCCAUUUGGAAUCAAGGUAAAAUUCUAUCAGCAAUCUGUCAUGGUCCCGUCGCUCUCGUUGGAGUCAAAGAUGUCGAUGGCAAAUCAAUUUUUGCUGGUCGACGAGCAACAUCAUUUAGUAAUGAAGAAGAAGCUCAAGUCAAAACAACAGAUGCUAUUCCGUUUCUUGUUGAAACUCGUCUGAAAGAACUUGGAGCGAAUCUAGAAUGGAUAACAGCACUUUAUAUGCCCGAUGCAAGUUAUUAUGGUCAGCUCGAUUUUCGAACACUGGCCAGUUCACAGUUUGAACUACUUAAGACAUUAUGUACACUAGUACAUACCACACUUCUUGACGUGUUAUCCGAUUUGAACAACACACAAUUGGUCACCACUCGUGUACUACUAGAAACCCAAAUUGAAAUUCAAGCAAAAGUUCGCGGUCAACAAGCUCAAUCUGAUGCAUUAUCACGUAUAAAUAAUGCGCUCAAACUGAUCGAACUAACAACACGUGGCAAUCAACUUAUUUCAGCUAUGAAUACAAAUUAUGUGUUUGCACUCUAUAGUUAUAUGGAAGGUCAAUUACCGCUUUGGUUGGUAGGCAAUACAAUUUGGUACUUGCCUGUCAAUAACCAAACUAUACGAUGUGAUUGUAAUCAAUACACAUGCAGUUAUCCAGCAGGUUUCUAUCAAUUAGCUGACAAUGAAAAUCCAUAUCCUCGUUGGUUCGUUAGACCGCAACAGUAUAAUGUUACGGAUAUUGUACCAGGCUUUGUAGGAUCUUGCACACCUCUUGAAUCGUUACUUCAAACAACAUUUAUCUGUCUCUACAAUGCAACAUGUAUUGCAAAAUUAAUCAACUACUUUCCACAACUUGCUCAAGUAAUUUCAACAAUUGACAUUUUAAAUGCGUCUCUACCGAGUAAAUAUGCUCUCAAUACAAGCGUAAGCGAUUUAUUAGAGCAAGUUUUUCUCGAAGAAUGGAAAACUACUGUUGAAUACGAUCAAUAUUUUGCUCAAUGUGCUCCGAAAACUUGCAGUUAUUCGUAUAGAAAACGAGCUGAUCUAAUCUACAUGAUUACAGUUCUACUUGGUCUCUACGGUGGUCUUCAGACUUCUCUACGUUUUAUAAUUCCAGUGGUUGUGAAACAUUUCAUGAAACGGAAGCGACGCAAUCCUUCAGUUGCAACACCUAAUGUAACUUUACGUGGACGAAAAAUUGACCAAAUGUUACUAUUCGUUGGUAGUAUGAAGCAAAACAUGAUCAAGUUUAACUUAUUUAAAUCAAUGGAUCGAUCAGUCGAAGCUAUGCAGCGACAACGAAUUGCAACACGUUUAUUUGUUAUAUUAUUAACUGGAUCUUUACUAGUUCUUUUACUAUUUACUUCAAUAAGUAAACAAACGAAUAGUGUAACAUAUCAUCAACCAUCUUAUACCACUUAUGAACGUCUUCAAAGUGAAUAUCCGGAUACUCUCAAUUGUCUCUGCUCAGAAAUUACACAAAGCUACUCAUCAUUCGUCUCUCUUCAUCCUUUAUUUCAUCCAAUAUGUUCAAGUGUGUUUGUUACUGAUUUUUGGUUCACUCAAUUGCAAUACGAAGAUCCUAACUCUCAAGCAUUACCAAUCAAUGAUUGGCGCAUCGCAGCACUUGGCUAUUUUCAAGCUUUAGCUGCACUAUGUCAACUAGCUAAUAGUACUGUAAAUGAUGCAUUACGUCGAUUUGGUGAUCGUAGUUUUGUUAGCAGUCGUUUACUCACAAAUGCUUUAUUACAGGAAGAGUUUGAUAGCACAGUGAAUGAGUUUAUUUAUAAUACAAAAACUGAAUUCGAACGUGCUCUCAACAUUAUAAAUCUAUUAAAUCAAGUUGAUCAAUAUUUUUCGGGUUCAAUCACCAAUGGUUAUCUUCGUAUAUCAAAUCUAACAAACGAUGGACAUAUUGAGAGUAAAUUUAAGUUCAAUGGUCCAUCACCACCGUCACAGCUUGAUGAACCCUGCCUAUGUGCAUUUCGUCCAGAUUGUCAAUGGCCAAUGGUAACAUAUCAGAAUGGUACAAAAAUCAUACCAGAACGCAAAUCAUUUAUUAUUCGUCUUGGUACCUAUGUCCGAGCUCUAUUUGGUUACGUUCGAAUAAAGAUUACUAAUUUAACUUUUUUUCCUCUAUACUCUUUUGGUAGUAAUGUUGAUCGAGUUACGGCUGAUAGUUUGAAUCGACUUGCAAGUAGAUUCUAUGCUAUUCUUCUUGUUAUGGCUCUAAUUAUAUUGCUCAUGUACACAUCAAUUCAACAAAGAGUUGUUACAAAAAACAUAUUGUAUCCAUCGAUGCUUAAAGCCCAACAAAUACAAACCGAUUAUAGUGACACAGCUCAAUGUCCAUGUGCAAAGAUUUCCAUACCACUUGAUCGAUUUAUCACCAUUCAACCAACCUUUCAUCAAAUAUGUUCAAGUGUAUUUGUGACUGAUGAAUGGCGUAAUGAACUCACAGCCGAUCUCAGUAAUAUGUCUUACUAUGUGCAAAUAGAAGACUAUCGUGCUUUUAUAUCAGCUCAUCUGCAAUUCGUUUCUGGUUUAUGUCAACAGUCAAUCGUACAAGUGAAUGAUGCUGUUCGUUCAUUUAUGUCAACGUCAUUGGUUACGGGUCAACUUUUAUCUCAAACAACAUUUUAUACACGUUUAGAAAACUUGUUAAGCCGGGCUCGAACCAAUGCACCUACAAUAUUUGUUCGUGCAUUUCAAUUAGCACGUGACAUUAAUCAUGGUAAUGGAUUGAUGUCGGUCUAUGGUAGCAACUUUGAAUUUGUGACUCGAAGAAAUCCACCUGCUGUUGUAUCAACAUUGUUGAUACAGUCAAAGAUAUAUAAUGAAACGACAAAUUGUUUAUGUGCACAAGGAUCAAAAUGUUUAAAUCCAGCAAUGUUUACUUCACCAACUCAUGUCGAAAUAAAAGGUCUUCAUAUUGGUUGUUUACCUAGUGAGUCAUUAUUAGCAUCAACAUUUGAAUGUUUUUAUGAUAGUAAUUGUAUUGAUCUUAUUCGAAAUCAUAUGUUUGGAAAUAAAAAUCGAACACUUGCAUUACCUCUCAAUGAUAGUAAUGUAUUUAAUUCAAACUACAAUCCAAAUACAACAAUUAAUAAUAUUGCUAGUGAACUGUUCAUCGAAGAUUGGUCUAUGAAAGCACACUACGAUCGUUAUUUUACUGAAUGUACACCAACCAAUUGUUUCUAUUCAUAUACGGAACGUGCUAAUCCAUUCUAUGUAGCAACUACAUUACUUGGCUUGUACGGUGGAUUAACAGUUGUAUUAUGUUGGUGGUCACCACGUCUUGUCAAACUCGGUCGGCAAGUGCAAAUCUAUUAUAUGAGAAAACGUCGAAAUAAUAUUAUACCUGUCACAACAUGA